CAGGCUGCACUGUGGGGACCCCUGUGUGCCGCGGCCGGGCUGCGUACAGAUAACGAGCGGCUGAUUAGCACACCACCACCUCUCCAUUUCCUCAUGAGCGGGGACGGCUGCACCUGCUGACUCAUCUUGUUGUGCUGGUGAAGUGUCAGCUCUGUGGCCCGGGAUGCCCCUCCAUGGCGGUUGAUGAGGCGGACUGGCCGGGGCACAUUCCAGUGAUCUGGGAGGUGAGGAGCGUGCGGCUGAAAGACGUGUGGACGAGGCUCACCCCACAGGUGGUGAUGGCGAGCUGUGAGGACGAUCUGAUCGGGAUCCCGUUCCCCGAACACAGCAGUGAGCUCCUGAGCAGCCUGAACGAGCAGCGGCACCGCGGGGUCCUGUGUGACAUCACCAUCAAGACUCAGGGGCUGGAGUACCGCACGCACCGCGCCGUGCUGGCCGCCUGCAGCCACUACUUCCGCAAGCUCUUCACGGGGAAGCGGGGCUCUGGGAAAGCGGCCCGGGACGUGUGCCAUCUGGACUUCCUAAAGCCGGACGCUCUGGGUGCCCUGCUGGACUUUGCCUACACGGCCACGCUCACAAUCAGUAAUGCCACCAUGCGUGACGUGUUGCGCGCCGCCCGCCUCCUGGAGAUCCCGUGUGUGGUGGAGGCCUGCGUGGAGAUCCUGCGCUCUAAUGGCGGCAGCUGGGAGGAGCUGGGUGGCGACGCUGAGGAUCUGGAAGGCUUCAUACGCGCUCGCCAGUAUCUAGAGUGCUAUGGUGCACAGGAGAACGGCGAGGACGCCACCCCCCCUCCGGAGGCAGAGAGCCCCCCGCCACCCGUCCACUCCAUACCGCUACCACAGAAGCCCGUGCAGCUCAUCCCCCGCAAGCACAGGAGGAAGUUCCUACAAGUAAACCCCAGCCAGAGGGCCCAGAAUGGGGGCCCUUACCUGGCGGAGGAGGAGUCCAUGGAGCACGCAGACAGCCCGGCAGAGGCACCCUCACCUGCCGACUUACCUCCCAGCGACAGCAGCUAUGAGCGCUUCACCCCUGAGCACGGACUGGGGGGGCAGCACAUCUUUGUCCCCCCAUCGCCCCCUGAAGACCUCUUAUCGGACGAGGAGACCCCCGAAAUGCUGUACGUCUCCGCCCUGGAUACUGAGAUCCCCGAAUCCGUUUCUGCGUCCCCGGACGGCGCGGACAAGCUGGUGAGGAAGCGGCGCUCGCAGAUGCCCCAGGAGUGUCCCGUGUGCCACAAAAUCAUCCAUGGUGCCGGCAAGCUGCCACGCCACAUGCGCACCCACACCGGGGAGAAGCCAUUCGUGUGUCAGGUCUGCGGGGUCCGAUUCACCAGGAAUGACAAGCUGAAGAUCCACAUGCGGAAGCACACCGGCGAGCGCCCCUACUGCUGUGAGCACUGCAGCGCCCGCUUCCUGCACAGCUACGACCUGAAGAACCACAUGCACCUGCACACCGGCGACCGCCCCUACGAGUGCUCCUUGUGCCACAAGGCCUUUGCUAAGGAGGACCACCUCCAGCGCCACAUGAAGGGGCAGAACUGCCUGGAGGUGCGGACCCGACGACGACGCAAAGAAGACCCCCCGGUGCCGCGCAUCGUGCCCACCCCUGGCCUGGAUCUGACCAAUGGGAAGAUGGAUGACCUGCGCCUGUCCAUGCUGCGCUACUGGCCGCUCCCGCACCCUCACUCUGGAGGGGCCAGCCCGGAGGGGCCCCUGGUGAUAGACAACUCUUAGCGUCUCCCUCCCGGCAGUGAUUGGGGCUGAUGGAGGUUGUACUGCAGCACUUCACCCCCACCAUGGUGCGGUACCUUGUCUUCACCCCCUGAACGGACGGAGCGGACUGUAGAGCCGGGGGAGGGGUGAGGGACACUGCUCCAAAGCCUCAGGGAUCAUUAGAGGGGCCCCUCCCGGACAUUUUGUAUGUGAGAUCUAUAAUAUAUACUGUCUGUAUAUAGAGAUGACGGCACUUCUAGAAGGAGACGUAUAUAAUACCGUAUAUAUAUAUAUAUAUAUAUAGAGAGAGAGAGGAAAGCAAUAACCGGCGUGGGGGGCUGCCCGCCCGCUAUCUGCUCGCUUUAUGGUGCUGUGCCUUCUGAGAAUGUAUGACUGUGUGUGUGGGGGCCCCGGGGCCCCUGCCAUCAUUCAUCCACCACCACUGCGCUGGUCCUGGGAUGACUGAUGGCGGUGACUGCUUGCGCUGCUGCCGCUUUCUGUUAGGAGAGGGAGCUGGGGGUGGGGACCCGGGGAAGGAAUCGGGGGGGAGCGGGGCCCCAGUGCCGGACACAGGAGCUGCUUGUACAUUAUAUUUAAAUUAUUAUUCUUCUAAGUGAUUGUGCUUCAUUCUCCCUCGGGGGAGGUUCGGGGUCCGUGGUGGCUCACGCCGAGGUUUGUGUCACCGUACCCCAUGCUUGUCUGGUCGCUUCAGGGGGGUUUAGUAAAGGCUGGCGCGGUGAUGGCGACCGGGGGCUAGUUGGGUCACUCCACCAUUGGGCAAUUCCAUGAUUCGGACCAAUAUUCCACUGGAAUAGAUCGUCAGCACCGGACGACUGUGUGGUUACUGCAGUGCGGCCCCCUGUAGGAGGUUACUGCCCCCUCCUGACGUAACUCCAUUCAUCAUCCGUGCCGCUGCUACCCCUGUAGAGCUUCUGCGUGUUCCCUCUUCACAUCCUCAUCUGUGGGUGCCGAUGCUCGGGGGCGGAGCGCUGGGUGCUGAGGCACACGGGCAGGUUAGAGAAUGCUGAUGCUUGUGGGUGGAGUCGGGCUCUGGUGCUCAGGGGUGGAGUCACAGGUGCUGGUGCUCAGGGGGGCACGCUGUACAUAGAGGCGGGUGUUUGAUGUGUUUGUUUGCAGGUUUUUGGGUCUGAA